UAGGAACACGUUUGUCUGUCUGUUGUGCAAGCUACCUGUCACUCCCCUAAAUUAUACAACCUGCAUAGGUAGUUUUGUGAUAUAACAGAAAGUCUCCAACCACGCUCUAUACUUCCACCGAGGCUGCAGCUGCACACAUCGUCACGCCCAUUAUCCUGCACCAUGCCUGCCGUAAAAGUUCCCGACACCCCAGUGGAAGUCCUUGUGGAUAUCCUAACAAAAGCCAAGGAGUUAGCCAUAGCAAAUGGCCAUGUGCCGGAGGAGUUGAAGAGCCAGCUGCAGAAGGCUUUGGACAUCGCCAGCGGCCUGGACGACUACCUGGAGAAAAUGACCACACAGGAGAGUGAACCCCUCGCAGAGCUAUAUGAAAAAACAAUUUCCCAUGACUGGGAUAAAGUGCACAAGGAGGGUAAAACAAUGUUCCGUCUCCCCAAGGAGUGCAUCACUGGACAUGUUGAAGGCCAGACCCUGAAGAUGCUGAUCCACAUGAGUCAAGCAAAGAGGGUUCUAGAGAUCGGGAUGUUCACCGGCUAUGGGGCCCUGUCUAUGGCCGAGGGGCUUCCAGAGGACGGCUGCCUGACGGCCUGUGAGUUAGAGCCAUACCUUAAAGACUUUGCUCAGCCCAUUUUCAACAAGUCUCCACAUGGCAGGAAGAUCACUGUCAAGACUGGAUCUGCCAUGGACACCCUCAAGGAAUUGGCUGCUGCAGGCGAGCAAUUUGACAUGGUCUUCAUUGAUGCUGACAAAGACAAUUACAUCAACUACUACAACUUCAUUCUGGACAACAGUCUGCUGAGACUGCGGGGGGUCAUAUGUGUUGAUAACACCCUGUUCAAAGCCAAAGUUUAUCUCAAAGACGCCACGGAUAGCAACGGACUGGCACUCCGAAAAUUCAACCAGUUUGUUUGUGACGAUCCCCGUGUGGAGCAGGUCAUUCUCCCUCUCAGAGAUGGCAUCAGUGUUAUCCGUCAAGUACCUGUGGCCUUGAGUUCAAAAACACAGAGUCAAAUAACAGAUGAUGAAGUUUUCCGCGGGGUCAUGGGACGUCCCAUCCUGGAUCGGAUGCGUCUGGAUGGGAAGGUUGCCUACGUGACGGGGGCCGGGCAGGGCAUCGGCCGGGCAUUCGCUCACGCUCUGGGCGAGGCCGGGGCCAAGGUGGCCGUGGUCGACAUGGACCAGAACAAAGCUGAGGCAGUGGCUGAAGAGCUGCAUCUCAAAGGCAUCAUUUCCAUUGCGAUCACAGCAGACAUCAGCAAACCAGAGGAUGUCCAGAAGAUGGUGGAGGACAUCGUCUCCAAAUGGGGGACGGUCCACAUUGCCUGCAACAACGCCGGCAUCAACAGGAACUCAGCCAGCGAGGACACCAGUCUGGAGGAGUGGGACGAGACCUUCAAUGUCAACCUGAGGGGGGUCUUCAUCUGCUGCCAGGCUGCAGGUCGAGUGAUGUUGAAGCAAGGAUACGGAAAGAUUAUCAACACAGCCUCCAUGGCCAGUCUAAUAGUCCCCCACCCCCAGAAGCAGCUCUCCUACAACACAUCGAAGGCUGGAGUGGUCAAACUGACUCAGACUCUGGGCACUGAAUGGAUCGACAGAGGAGUGCGUGUCAACUGCAUCUCACCGGGGAUUGUUGACACCCCUCUCAUCCACUCGGAGAGUCUGAGGCCUCUGGUGCAGCGCUGGCUGUCAGACAUCCCUGCUGGUAGACUGGCUCUAGUGACAGACCUGCAAGCUGCAGUGGUCUACUUGGCAUGUGACGCCUCCGACUACAUGACAGGGCAUAACUUAGUCAUAGAGGGUGGGCAAAGUCUGUGGUAGAUGAAGAGAGGAAACUUUCCUCUUCACUCUCCUGGGAUGAGUCUCUAAAAAAAGGUGUCAUUCGCACUCCUUUUGAUCUCCUUAUGACUCCCAUCAGAAUGAGUUAAAGUCUUACUUGAUUACUGGUUUAUUGUGUGAUGAGAUAACUAGUAGCUUGUUGUCUUCUUUGAGCCCCCGGUUUGGGAUCAGUGUGCUGUCACGUGGGUUAUGACACCCUUAACUUUCUAUGAGUAUGAAAAACACUGCAUCAUGUUACAUUCUAAAAAGAGGUAUAGCAGCUGCCGGUUAUCUUGACACACAAUGACAAUGUGAAGACAUGUCUGAGAAAAUCUUUGCGAAGUGCUAGAAAGAAAAAAUGGAAACUGAAUGUGCCUUCAUAAUCCUUCUUUACAUUAUUUUACACAUCAAAUGCAGUUUAAACACACACAUAAAAGUCAAUGGCUCUAAAUGGUGUCAUAAAUAUACUGAAAGAAGGUUUAAAAUGUAUUUUUGGAGUUUUAUACGUGUCAUUUCACAUCAGUGUUUCAUUACAAAUGCAGUUCAAAGUGAUAAUUAUGAUAAUUAAAGCUUUGGAAAUUAUAUAUUGUGACAUUAAACAAAGGGUUGUAGAACAUGAACUGUAUGUGUGAUUUUUGAAUAACUAAAUAAACGUGCCUGUGCUCCCUACUAGGAGUGUGAAUCC